GUUAUUCCAAUUUUUUUUUAACAUUUUUCCUGACUUUCCGCUGAUUUCCUUUUUAUUGUUGUUACUAGUUACUAUUACUUAUUAUAUUAAUACUUAUAAUGGUGAUGAUGAUGAUGAUAAUGACACUGAUGAUUUUUAACCGGAUUAAAAUCGAGUUUUUCUGAAUGUUUCUAAGAAUUUCUCCGGCCUCCUGAUUGACUUUGGAGUUUUGCAUCUUGGGAGAGAAAGCGAAGGCAUUAGUAUUUUUAAGUGGAUUGAUCACAUAAACCUUUUCUCUCCCAACCCCACCCUUGCCCUCAUCCCCUUCCCCACACUGAAAGAAUUUUACUGGCUGUUAAGUCUAUGACCUUAUUUUUCCUGAUCUUUAACUUAACUGUUUUAGAGCAUCUCUGGACGUCUGUAUUUUUAAUUUUUUUUAUUUUUGUUUUUUUAUUUUUAAUCUUUCAUUUGUUAAAUUUUUAAACUGUGCUGCAAUAAAAUGUGUGUGGUACUACUUAACACUAUGAUCGUGAUGGCAUUUUCCCUGAAAGCCAUCUUCCUCCUGUUUCCCUUGAAAUCCCAUCCUGCUUUUCCUGUACACUACCCCUCACAAACCACAAGCUGCAGCAACAUGGAUGCCCAGCCUGGAGCAGCAGCAGCCAGGAUGACCUGGAGCCAGGGGGGCCUUCGGAACAGAUGCACACCCUUCCUGGGUGAUGGUAAGAGUUUUCGGCUUUGUGACAAACCUUAUCAUCAAACACAAUGGCCAGCAACGUUACCAACAAGACAGAUCCUCGCUCCAUGAACUCCCGUGUGUUCAUUGGGAAUCUCAACACUCUCGUGGUCAAGAAAUCUGAUGUGGAGGCAAUCUUUUCGAAGUAUGGCAAAAUUGUGGGCUGCUCUGUUCAUAAGGGCUUUGCCUUCGUUCAAUAUGUUAAUGAGAGAAAUGCCCGGGCUGCUGUAGCAGGAGAGGAUGGCAGAAUGAUUGCUGGCCAGGUUUUAGAUAUUAACCUGGCCGCAGAGCCAAAAGUGAACCGAGGAAAAGCAGGUGUGAAACGAUCUGCAGCGGAGAUGUACGGGUCAGUAACAGAACACCCUUCUCCGUCCCCUCUACUCAGCUCCUCUUUUGACUUGGACUAUGACUUUCAACGGGAUUAUUAUGAUAGGUUCAAGCGAUUCUCCUGCCUCAGCCUCCCGAGUAGCUGGGAUUACAGGAUGUACAGUUACCCAGCACGUGUACCUCCUCCUCCUCCUAUUGCUCGGGCUGUAGUGCCCUCGAAACGUCAGCGUGUAUCAGGAAACACCUCACGAAGGGGCAAAAGUGGCUUCAAUUCUAAGAGUGGACAGCGGGGAUCUUCCAAGUCUGGAAAAUUGAAAGGAGAUGACCUUCAGGCCAUUAAGAAGGAACUGACCCAGAUAAAACAAAAAGUGGAUUCUCUCCUGGAAAACCUGGAAAAAAUUGAAAAGGAACAGAGCAAACAAGCAGUAGAGAUGAAGAAUGAUAAGUCAGAAGAGGAGCAGAGCAGCAGCUCCGUGAAGAAAGAUGAGACUAAUGUGAAGAUGGAGUCUGAGGGGGGUGCAGAUGACUCUGCUGAGGAGGGGGACCUACUGGAUGAUGAUGAUAAUGAAGAUCGGGGGGAUGACCAGCUGGAGUUGAUCAAGGAUGAUGAAAAAGAGGCUGAGGAAGGAGAGGAUGACAGAGACAGCGCCAAUGGCGAGGAUGACUCUUAAGCACAUAGUGGGGUUUAGAAAUCUUAUCCCAUUAUUUCUUUACCUAGGCGCUUGUCUAAGAUCAAAUUUUUCACCAGAUCCUCUCCCCUAGUAUCUUCAGCACAUGCUCACUGUUCUCCCCAUCCUUGUCUUUCCCAUGUUCAUUAAUUCAUAUUUCCCUGCGCCUAGUCCCAUUUUCACUUCCUUUUUGACGCUCCUAGUAGUUUUGUUAAGUCUUACCCUGUAAUUUUUGCUUUUAAUUUUGAUACCUCUUUAUGACUUAACAAUAAAAAGGAUGUAUGGUUUUUAUCAACUGUCUCCAAAAUAAUCUCUUGUUAUGAAGGGAGUACAGUUCUUUUCAUUCAUACAUAUGUUCAGUAGUUGCUUCCCUAACUGCAAAGGCAAUCUCAUUUAGUUGAGUAGCUCCUGAAAGCAGCUUUGAGUUAGAAGUAUGUGUGUUACACCCCAACAUUAGUGUGCUCUGUGGGGCAGUUCAACACAAAUGUAACGAUGUAUUUUUGUGAAUGAGAGUUGGCAUGUCAAAUGCAUCCUCUAGAAAAAUAGUGUUAUAGUCUUAAGAUUUGUUUUCUAAAGUUGAUACUGUGGGUUAUUUUUGUGAACAGCCUGAUGUUUGGGACCUUUUUUCUUCAAAAUAAACAAGUCCUUAUUAAACCAGGAAUUUGGAGAAAAAUCACCCUGGUUUUUAUUUUUGUAUUGUAUUAUUGUUUACUUUAAACUCUUUGUUUUACAGCGUCCUCCACAAAACCCCUAGAAUGCACUAUAUUUUUCUUGGAGUCAUAAUCAUUAUGCAUACCAACAUAACACUACUCAAAUUGUAUUUCAUUGAGAUGCAUGUUGCAUUGAGGAGUCAACUUGACAUCAAGUGGAGAUUGUUUUCAAAGUGGCUUUUACAUCCUAAUGAAAGAUUGGGAAGUGUAUCCUCUGGCUUUUCAUUAGUGCUUUGUAGUCCAGCUGGUACCCUUUUUGAGGUUUUUGUUGUGUGCUAAAUUGUUUUGUCCUUAAAUAGGAUAGGCUCAAAAACAUUAAGAUUUCAGGAAAUUUUCAACAGCUGGAUAAUGGAACCCCUGCUUCUGUUUUGUCCUUGUAAUUAUUUAUAGCCCUAGCUACCUUCUGAAUUCUGAAACCUCCAUGUUACUGGAAAAACAAAACAACAAUUUCCUGAUAUUCCAUAGUCUGCCUUCCCAGGUGACUGAGAACAUAGAGAAUAUAACACAUUUAUUUUAUGCUAAAUGAUCUUUUACCUGUAUUAGCUAAUUUUUUUGUUUUCCUUCAACUUUAAUUGCAGCGAUUGCAUCUUUAGCAUCCAGUCUUAAGACGAAUAUAAUUAAACAGCUACCAGUGUUGAAACCUUAUCCUUGAAAGGCCUAGUUCAUAUUUAUUUUUCAGCUUUUCCAGCACAGCAGAAAAUGGCAUUUACAAUUUUUGUGCACACAAACCUUGGAUUCCACUAUAAAGUUGCUAUUGUUAAAUAACAUGCAGUACUAGCCUUUUUUCAUCCUGUGCAUUAUAGGCAAAACUUAUGUCUUAUUUAUAAGGAUUUUAUAGAUUAUUUUAUAUAACAGGUGACGAGCAGAAUAUAAGAGGCUGGACUACCCUUGAGAGCCCAAAUACAUGAUAUAAAGGCAAUUCCUUUGUAUGUUAAUUUGGUCAGGAAUACUACCCACUUGAUGUUUUCUGAUCUGAGGUUAGCUCAUGUUACACAAACUUAGUAAGUAACCCAUGACUAGAAAAUAAACUGGAUCCUUAGGAGAGAGUGUCAGAUAGGUAACAUGCUAAUAAAACCUGUUUAAUAUUAUGUUGUUAGCUGCAAAUUUUUGGAAAAUACUAGACAGAUUAGUUCAGAAUCAAGUGUCUGCUUUUCUCUUCACUGUAGGACCCACACAGAGCAGUCAGUCUGUUAGCUGUGAAUACCACAAUCUGCAGAUGCUCCAGUUAGUCCCUUACAUAAAAUGGCAUAAUGGCAUAAUAUUUAUAUGUAACCUACACAUACUCUCCUCUAAACUUUAAAUCAUCUCUACAUGAUAAAUAUAACUGAUAAAAUGUAAAUGCCAUGUAAAUACCUGUAGCUGUAUAUUUUUAUUUGUAUUCUUGUUAACUUUUAGUUUUUCUUAGCAUUUUCAAUCUGUAGUUGGUUGAAUCUGCAUGUGCAGAACCCAUGAACGUGGAGGGCCAGCUGUACAUUUAAUUUUGUAGUAAAGCAGGUAUUGAAAGAAGCUCUGGAACGUGCUUUUAAAUACUAGGUUGAUACAAAGGUAUUGUAGCUUUUGCUAUUACUUUUAAUUAGCCGCGGUUACUUUUGCAAAUAGCUAGAGAGCAUGGUCACAAAUCACACAGAUAUGGUAGGGUUAUUGUUGGAAUACCAGCAUUUCUAGUUUCUCUUGAUAGGAAAGUCAUUUCACAGUCUUGGUUUAAGGCUAAUGUGUGUUUAAGACAACAGUACUCUGUUUUCUAUAAUUACAGGUAUACUCAUUUAACAAUUUGACAUUUAGGUACCUAGACGAAACUAGCAAAAUAGAGACCAGGGUUGAUAACAUCUGGUAAGAUGCUUUUUAGAACCUGAUGCAAUGCAGAGGAGUAUAGGCUUUUUCAGAAAGGGGCUAGUGUUUUUAAAGGCCAUUUAUCAGAUGAUAUGUACAGUGACAUUACUUAACCCUGGGCCCUGCAAAGUAAGAAAAGGAGUUGGCUCAAGAGAAAUUAUAGAGAGUCAGAAUAGUAGGUACGACAGUGUAGGUAAAGGGGAUAGAUAUGAUGAUUUUAGAGUCAGGUAGUAAUUGAGGGAUUUCAGAUUGACAGUCUGAUUAAAGGGCCCUACACUAUUUAGUGGAAGUAAAAUUUGAAACAAUUUAAAAUAAAAUUCAGAACACGUUUCUCAUGCUAUGAAAUCUAAACUGUCCUGUCAUAUAAGUGCAAUUUUGUUCAGGGUUAGAAAGCAGGAGAGGAAGUGGAUGAACAAAAAAUACUUAGUAACAUAUCUUUCUGAUGCUGCAUAAUGUAUGAUUGGGAAAGUUUGGAGCACUCUGCAUUGGGUAGUUACUAGUUUGCUGCUGUCUCAGUGGGAUGAGCUAACGGAAAGCUGUAAGGUGGGAAUGGAGGCUAAAUUUGGGAUUCUAGAAAAGAGGGCUCCUCUUAGAUUUCACUUCAGGUGUUACUACUACUUAGUUGUGUGGCUUAAAGCCUCUUUUUCAGAAGGAACUAAAUGUAAUAGAAAAGGAAAAGAAAUUGGAACCAAAAGGUGGUAAAUUGGAAGGAAAUAAACUGGUGUCAAAGUAGGAUUGGGAAGAAUGUAAUAGUACAAUUGACGCGAACUAAACCAUAAGAUAACCGUGAAGUGUCCACACAUGAAUCUACUAUAAUUUGGCAGUAUGUUUUAUUCAAGAGAGUGGGCGGGGGGUGGGGGGAGCAAAGCCCAGUGUAUAAUACAGAAAGUACAGAAGUAGAACAGUUGAUAAACUAUAUACAAGUACUAGUGUUUUGAGGUAACCUUGAUAAAACAAGUGCUUUGUGGAAGUGGUUGUAGAAUAAAGAAAUGGUGUAUGUUUAAUGAGAUCAGUUGAAAGUUCAGGAACAUAUGCCUGGCCUGACAAAGCGUUGACUGGGGAGAACCAGAAAACAUUCCUUCCUACUGACAGUUGACCUUUUUUUUUAUUAUGAGAAUUCAGCUACACUGAUGUCCAAAUAGAGUUUCCAUUUCUGAACCCUUGUUCAGAUCACAUUGACCAAGAAAAUGCAUUUCAUUGGAAUUUAGAAGCAUCCAAGAAAAAUACCCUGACCAGAAAACCAGUAGACAGUAGUAAACAUGACAUAGAAAUGAUUGACUGGUAAAUGAGUUACAUAUAAUGUCUGUACUAUGGUCUGAGUAUCUUUUAGGAACCUUUCACACUAAUAAGGAGCACUCCUGGAGACUUUUAGUGUUUGGAGGGAAUUCGGUAUAAGGUAAAAAUGUAAACUGCAGUGUAAAAGGUGAGCAUAGACAUACCUGACCAGACAAAAGCUUUCCAAAUGUUAGACAAAGUUAAAGUAGAAAACAGAAUUUGUGUUUGCAUUAGUAAUUUUCAAGUUAAAUCUCAAUUUUGGAAAGCAGGAAUUUUUUAAAGAGUAUUGGAGCUAAUGCCCUUUGUGAGUUAGAACUACAAAACAGACGAAGGGGAGAAUAGUGUAAUGGGGUGAAUCUAAUUGACAAAGGGACUAGUAGGAAGGAGUUGGAAGAGGAAGCAUGUUGGAUUGUUUUUUCAAGUUGCACACAAAUGAAAGUUUUGAGAAACAUGUCCCUGAAGCGCCAACAAGUUUGCAUUUGGGAAAAUAACUCAUACAGUCCUUUAACAAAUCUAGAAAAAAUGUAGCUUAUAGUUUAUUAACCAAAUUUUUGGAUUUAGUAGGCUUCAACUUUGUGUGUUUCCUGGGAGUGUGGGAUGGGCUUAUAAAUCUGGAUAUGUGCACUCCAGACCUAUUAAAUCUCUAGGAUUGGGACUCAUUGAUACUUUAAUUUUUAACUUUUGUUCACACAGCCAGAUUGGAAAGGUCCUACAGACAUGAUACAUUUUUCAAGUUGCCAUAAUACCAACUUUUGGCCCAAAUUGUGAACCAUGGCACCAAAGAGGGAAAAGCAACCCUGUUUGAUAAAGAAAGGUGAGGAUUAGGAAAGGACAGUGCUUUCAAGAAAGGGUGGCUAGGUGGCUGGCUAAUUUAGUAAAAAGAUGACCAUGUAUAUGUGAGAAUUAAGGGCAGUAAGAGAAAGUGUGACAGGUGUUUUUUCCUCAAAGAACUGAAGGCAGCUGAAAGGGUCAAGGUGUACCUUUAAAGCCUAGGCCCCAGAGUAAAGAAGACACCUAGGGAGUCAUCUGGUGGGUACAGAGGAAGGGAAAAAAUUCCUUGUUCUUUAACAAAGCCUGUUAAAGUAAGCUGUUAAAGCUAUAGUACUGUCAGUAAAAUGUCAUGAUGAUGGAAAUGUUUUAUGAUAUAUUGAGCAAUAUGAAAGCAACUAGUGACAUUGAGCCUUGAGAUGUGGCUAGUGUGACUGAAGAGUUGGACUUCAAAUUUUUACUUACAUGACAUGAGACUACUGUAUUGGAUAGUUAAGUGCUAUAGAAUAUUGAGAAGUUUGCAGACAAAUACUGCUAGUGGUUACUAACUCAAAUGUACAUGAACAAAUGUGACUCCCAAGAUUUUGUGUGUCUUGAGUUGAUGUUUUGUUUCCUAGACUCUAGGCCCAAGGCCUUAAUAUUGAAGAUUUCCUUAGUGAGGGCAUCUACAAAGGCAAGAUUUUGCAGGCUUGAUCCAUGUUGCUCACACCUUCAUAUAGCAGUGCCUCUUACGGGAUAAACUGUAUUGUUUAAUGGGAACCCAUCUUGUCAGUUGCUUCAUACUGAGGCAAUAGAGUAUGUUUUACAGGCUUUGUAUGCAGCCUGCUAGGCAAGCAUUUAAUUGACAUAGACUCAACAGUUCUAUACGUACAUAUGGUAGUCAUUUCUGUGUUUAAAGGAGCUUCAGAGAGAUUACCUUGCUCACAGCCCUAUGGUGAUUCAAAUAGUAGAGCCCAAAAUUUGAUAUAGGCAUGACUUUACUCCAUGGGGUUUUGGACCUUCAACGAGGAAAUGGUGUUUUUUGUCAUAGAAAUUGAAUAAACUAUUUCCCACUAGAGGUAACAGACUGAGGUCCUAGCAACUUCUCUCUUUAACAGAAGGGGAAAAAUAUCCAUACUAUUUCAUUCUCCGAGAGUCAUUUAUCGAUUGAAUAGUUGGAAGAGCAUGUAGAGAAGUGCCUGGCUAACAGCUGAAAGUCUGCCAUUUCAGGCAACUUUGUUGGGCUUUAGAAGUCAAGCAGAAAUAGAAAAUACAGCUUCUCCAACCCACAUGUAUUUUUAAACCAUUUCUUCUGGUCCAGAAGACACUUUACCAAAUAUCUUGGAAAAAACCACUGUUAGUACUCUUGAGUACUUUUUGUUUUGUUCUGAGACAGUCUUGCUCUGACACCCAGGCUGCAGUGCAGUGAUAUGAUCUCGGCUCACUGAAACCUCUGCCUAUCAGGUUCAAGUGAUUCUCCUGAGUAGCACAUGCCACCACACCUGGCUAAAUUUUUUGUGUUUUUAGUAGAGAUGUGGUUUUGUCGAAUUUGCCAGGCAGGUCUAGAACUCCUGGCCUCAAGUGAUCUACCCACCUUAGUCUCCCAAAGUACUGGUAUUAAAGGUGUGAGCCAUGGCAGUGACAUUGCAAGAGUUGUAAAAAGAGAUUCCCACAGGGACGUUACUCUGAAAUAGGUCCAUUGACAAGGAUUCGGUCACUUGCAGACUCUCACAAACCACAAUAAGAAGUUGGGGUGAAUUUGAGACAUAGCCUUCCUCCCCAAAAUUCUUGAUCCAAGAAUCCACCUGUCAAGUGCAGUGACUGAGACUCCAUUUCUAGCGUGGUCCUUGGUUAACAACUUGACUAGUUUCCAUCCAGGUUUAAUCUUUACAUGGACCAUUAUGUCUUGGUGUCUACUGUACUUAUUGUCUGUCCCUGUUUUAUGGAUACUAGCUUUUUAAAGUGGCAUAAAUACUUAAAAGCCCCCACUGGCCCUCCUGGGGAAAAUUACCUCACACCACAGGGUAGUCUGCUAAAUAACAAGCUAGAGCCAGCUGCCAGCCUAACUUUGUCCAGGUCUACAAGAUUUCAGUCGUUACUGUAGUACUCAUCCCCACAAACUUACCUUUUCCCCAGAACUUUAUAUCCACUGUCUGUAUAUUGUGAAUACAGUUUGGCUGUUUCCCCACCCAAAUCUCAUCUUUAAUUGUGAAGCUCAUAAUCCCCAACUCUGUUGAGGGACAGAGAUGAUGGGAGGUGAUUGGUUCAUGGGGGCAAACUUACCUUUUCCCCAGAACUUUAUAUCCACUCUGUAUAUUGUGAAUAGUUUGGCUGUUUCCCCACCCAAAUCUCAUCUUAAAUUGUGAAGCUCAUAAUCCCCAACUCUGUUGAGGGACGGAGACGAUGGGAGGUGAUUGGUUCAUGGGGGCAGUUUCCCCCAUGCUGUUCUUGUGGAGUGAGUUCUCAUGAGAUCUGAUGGUUUUAUGAGGGGCUCUUCCCCCUCGCUUCCUACACAAACUUGUCUCACCUGCCACGUAAGAUGUGCCUGCUUCCCUUUCUGCCAUGAUUUUAAGUUUCCUGAGGCCUCCCCAGCCAUGCAGAAUUGUCAGACUUCUUUCCUUUAUAAAUUGCCCAGUCUUGGGAAGUUGUUUAUAGCAGUGUGAAGACAGUCUAAUAGUUGUUUUCAUGAAUGCUGAAAAUGCUGUCAUCUCUGCCAUUGCCAUAUCUCCCAUCCUGGACUGACUCUCAGUGCUUUUCCUUGUAGGGGUGACCCAGCUCUUUGCCUUGAGCAACAGGAGUAGCCCUUGGUAGAAUCUAGUUCCCCAGGGGAAAUCUAAGCCUCUUAGUGUUGGCUCUUUUAUGCCCUCUCACCUGGGAAUACAGUCCUCUCUGCAACAUAAUAGCCCUACUGUUCCCUCACCCACUCCCUCAGCAUGGGGAUCAGGCAUAUAGCAGUACUCCUUGUGAAGUUUAUGCUGCUGUUUUAAGCACUCACCUGAAUGUGUAAGGACAUCUUUCCUCAAUAAUUUCUCACUUCUUAGAAGUCUGCAGUCUUCAUUCAAAUGUCUUGAUAGCUCAUUUUCCAGAGAGCUCUGUAGGUCUUGGGAAGUGUUGUCCUAGCUUUGGUUUAUCCGAAUAGUCCUAUUUUAACUUUUCCUACACAGAUGGCAGCCUCUUGCCUGCCCUUAUAUUUGUACACUUGCCUAUUUUCUCUUUCUCUAAAUGCCUUUUGGGUAUUAAUACUUCACUGGUGGUUCCAUAUCCUUGUCCCCACUUCUGCAACUUGAAGGCAACUCUCAAUUCUCUUCUUGAGCCAUUUUUACUUAGCAGCUUCUGAAUAUACCAGCCACAAUUAAGGUACAUCUGGUCACAUAACUUUUUCCCUAAGAAGAAAUUUGCUGCUCAAGACUAAUAGCCAACGUUAAGAAAAUGCAUACUCCUGUAUCUGAUGUAAAUGUGUUGUUGUUAAUGUUAAGAAUUAAAGAUGAAACGUCCUAUUUUAUAGCUACUGUUAGUACCCAGGUGCCUUCUAAAUAUCUUUUGAAUAGUUUUACUUCUUUCCAUCUUGACAGCUACCAUCUCAAUCCAAGCCUCCAUCACCUUGCUCCUAGCUUACUGCAGUAUCCUCCUGUCUACCCUUCAUCCACUUUUACCUUUUUCCAAUCACUUGUUCCUACAACAGCCAUAUUGGUUUCUUCAAAACACACAUACAAUCAGGGCACUUAUUGACUUAAAACCAUUUCUGGCAUUACUUGCCCUUAGGAGAAUGACAAAACUUUUUAAUAGAGUCCACAAGGCCAGAGAUAGCCUGACCCUUUGCCCAUCUGUACAGCCUCUGCCAUAUGUCCCCUUACUUUCUCUGUUCAACCACAUUGGACUUGUUCCUCUUACUACUCAUGUUCCCCACCUAUUCGGUUCCCUAGUUAACCUUCUCUUCAUCCUUCAGAUUUCAACUUGGGUCACUUCCUCCAGAAAGCUCACCCCGCCUUUCUUAUCCAGGCCAAUAGUCUGUCAAAACCAGGAAUCUCUUUGUUGCACUACAGUACUCAUUGAUUUGUAUGACUAUUUGAUUAACAUGUGUUUUUUUAAAUUAGAAUGAAACUCAGAGCAGGGACCACAUCUAUUACUUGUGAUUAAUAUAUUGCUAGUGCUUAGCACAUUGUCUAAACAAAUACAUGUUGAAUGAAUACAUGAAAAGGGGAGAAGAAAAGGGGAGGAUUGGCCCUCUGAGGCAGUCUUGGCAAACAGCAGAAAUGCAAAGCAAGGCUGAGGAAAUAACUAUUCACCAAACACCUAGAGGGGUAUUGUAAUCUUUUAUGCCUGUCUCAAAUGGGUGCAUUCUUAUGGGUAAGUUUCACUACUGCAACUUUGCAACUUUCACUAUAAUAGUUCACAUUCCUCUUCUAAUGUCAGUCUCCAACAAAUCCCUCGGUAAUUCAUAAUCAGUAAUCUCAUGCCAAGAGAGAGGGGUAUUAUCCAAAAUAGUUGGGUGUGUCCAUUGCAGUUAUUUAUUUAUUUUCUGAGAUGGAGUCUCGCUCUGUUGGCCUGGCUGGAGUGCAGUGGCACAGUCUCAGCUUACUGCAACCUCUGACUCCUGGAUUCUGCGUUAGCCUCCUGGGUAGCUGGGAUUACAGGUGCCUGCCACCACACCUGGCUAAUUUUUUGUAUUUUUAGUAGAGAUGGGAUUUCAUCAUGCUGGCCAUGCUUGUCUCGAACUCCUGACCUUGUGAUCUGCCUGCCUUGACCUCCCAAAGUGCUGGGAUUACAGGUGUGAGCCACCGUACCUGGCCACUCAUUUGUCUUUCAGUACCUUUAAGUUCAGUUUCCCUUACAAAGCCCACUCUUUUCUUAGUGGGAAUAUCUUGUACCACUUAACACCUGCAUUCCUUAAUUUUUUUUUUAAUUAAAACAUAUGCUACAAAAUGGACACAUCUUAAGCAUGCAGCUUGAUGAAGAUUUGCAAAGUAAACAUGCCUGUUUAAACAUCACUCUGAUUAGGAUGGGGAACAUAACCAGCACUUCAGAAACCUCUCUUCCAUCAUUACCACCACUGGUUAUCCUAACCAGUCUUCUGACUUGUAUCACCAUAGGUAGGUUUUACUUAUUUUGAAGCCACAUAUAAAUGUUAUAAUGUAUUACUGAAGUUCAGGUUUUCCUGAGAGCACAUCUUCAGAGAAAAAAAUUUGAGUGCAGUCGUUUAUUUGGGGUAUGGCUCCAGGAUGCAGGAGUGGGAAAGAUGGGAGAGUGAGACAGAAGAAAAAUCAAUACAAGGGUGUUAUGGAGGUUGGAUAUAUAAUGCUUCCCAGAAUUGCCUGACCAAACAGGAGGCUGAAAUAUUUAUCCACUGGCUCCUGUUUCCAGUUGAUUGAGGGAUGCUACCAAGGAGGUUAACUUCACUGCAAUUCUGAGCUUUAACUCACUUUAAUAAGCUCCAGCAGCACUGAAGGACUUUUGGGUUAUUUUCAGUUUGGGAUAAUACUGCUGUGAAUAUUCUUGUACAUGUCUUUUGAGAACUCGUAUGUAUACAUUUGUGAUGGGUAUAUAAUGGGGUGAAAUUGCUGGUUCAUAGAAUAUGUGUAUAUUCACCUUUAAUAGAGAUUGCCAACCAUUUUUCUAAAGUGGUUAUACUAAUUUAUAUUCUCGCUGUCUGUAAAUGAACAUUUCAGUUGCUCCACAUCUUUGCUGGCACUUGGUAUUGAUUGAUUUCUUUUUCAAUUUUAGGCUUUUUAAUGAGUGUGUAGUGGUAUCUCACUUGGUGUUUGCUUUUUGGUAAAAUUUUUAUUGAAGUAUAAUUUACAUAUAGAAAAUCACACAAAUUGUGUACAGGUUUGACUUUUCAUACAGUGAACACAUGCAAAAACCAGUAUGAAAUUAAGAAUUGAAACAUCACCAGUACUCCAGAAGCUCCAUGCAUGUUCUCUUCCAGUUUCUAUACCACUAUCCCAAGGGUGGUCUAUUAACCCAGCAGCAUAGAUUUGUUUUGCCUGUUUUUCAGCUUCAAAUAAAUGGAUAACAUAUUAUGUAUUCUUGUGUCUGGCUUCUUUGACUCAACAAUAGGUCUAUACAAUUCAUCUAUAUUGUUGCAUGUUGUAGUUUGUUCAUUCAUACUGUUCUAUACAGUAUUACAUUGUAUAAAUAUAUUCAUUCUGUUAAUAUGCAUUUGGGCUGUUUCCAGUUUUGGCUAUUAUGAAUAAAGCUGCUAUAAACAUUC